AUGAUGUCAAUACCGAAUGAUGAGCCAACCAUCUCCGCCGAUGACGCAGCGGCAGCUGUGGCCGCCGCCAACUCUGCGGUUGCUGGUAUUCCGCUGUUGAAAGAGGAAGACCAACUCCAUCAUCAAUAUGUUCAACAGCAACAGCAUUACCAACCACAUCAUCAUCAGCACCAUGAUCAUGAUCAAUUGAAUGCUCAACUCAAUCAUCAAUUAGCACAGCAGCACUACCACCAGCAACAUCAGUUGGCCCAAACUCAACAUCAUUUAGAAAUGCUCGCUCAAGCCAAUGAAGCUGACUUGAUGGAUGGUGCCAGAAAAGUGGCACCAAGAUCUAGUGAUCUUUUCAGAGUUGGCCCUCAAUUCAGCGAAACAAGACAUCACCAAGACAUCUACUGUAAAAGAAAUGAUAUGGAUGUAAAUCCAAUUUUGGAAGCAAGAAUAGACCGCGGCUUCGAAGUGGGUGAAAACGGCACUUGGAUUGGAUAUAAGAGGAACUACUUCACGUUGGUGGCCGCUUUUUCUUUGGAGAAUUUUGAUUUCGAACGCUUUAUUCAAAAUAAGUUUUAUACUUUUGAGAAGGCAUCAAAGAACGGCGAUUCUGUGGGAGAAAACAAAGUUGAAAUCAGCUAUUUUGCUAUACGUUUAGUUGCUAAAUGUUCUGAUGAUGACGUUUCAAUUAGUCUUGUUCAGCAUACUGCUAAAAGAGACAAGGGUCCACAGUUUCCUCCACCCAUAUAUCCUGCCGUGCCUGGUGAUUUACCUGAUCAUGAGACAGUAAGGGCUUCCUGCAAUAAGCGAAACGGAAAUAAGAUUGAGAAUAUGAACAAGAUAUUUUACUUUGACCGGGCUGAAUACUAUCACAAUGCUAACUUGGAUACUCUCAAGGAUGAUUCCGUAUUAAAAAAUUAUCCAAGUGACUCUAUUGCAAGAGUGGCUAGGUUUGAAAGAAUUCAAUUCACUUCCUCCAUUAGAAUUAAAUCAACUUCCGUUAAUUCUAGAUAUUUUACUUUGCACGUCGAGCUUUUAGGAAUUAUCGAAGACGAGGACUCUCAAAUUCAGCCUAUUCUUUUAAGUUCAAUUGAGACUCCUCCUUUGAUAAUAAGAGGAAGAUCUCCGUCAAACUAUCAUAAAGAUAGAACGUCAGGGUAUAGGGGCCAUAUUCUGGGUCACUGA